ACAUCUGGUAAGUUACGAAAAGCAAAAAUAUUGAAACGAAAAAUACAACUGACAAAAUUUUAUUUCGUUUUAUUUGCAAAGCGGAGCACUCCAUAAAUUUUCGGGCGCUCAAUAUUGUUUCAGAUCAUAAAUCAUGGCUGCAUUUGCGUACGGACGUACAUUUCAAACACACACACACACACAUAUACAUAUGUACUAUAUUCACACACGCAGCUGCAUUCGUAUGGCAGAAGGUUUGAGGCAGUGGAAACUCGGGUACUCCAUCUGCAUCUGCAAUGGCCCAGACACCGACAGAAUGUACCUUGUAUCUGACAUUGGGCUGCAGAUGCAGAUGCACUGCAAAAAAGCGCACACUAAAACAACAACAACAGCAGCAACAACAACGACAAGCUAAAGGCCAACAGCAACAGCAACAGCAACAACAACAACAACAAUAGCAACAUGCAUUCAUAGUGCAUUUGUAUAAAGUCAAUGCCGCUGCACUUGUGCCCCGGCGUAUUCGCAUCCGCAUCACGAGCUGCACCCCUGCCCCACCCAGUCCACCCCCUUCGUUGCGUUGGCGUAUGGCAUUCAAAUGCAGUGGGAACGGGUGACGGGGGACGGGAGACGUGCUUCGGGUCUAUAGGCUGGCCAACUGAAGUGGUCUGCAAAUUCACAUUAACGCAAAUUCCAACACACAGAUACAGAUGUGCAAACAGAGACACAGACACGGACACAGGCACAAAUACAUUUACAGCUGUGGCUGGAUUUGGCGGAGUCUCCGUCACACAGUCGGAACCGGAGCUGGAGUAAUUGAAGGAGUCAGCUCUCUGCAGCCAGCCACAGCCAUAGCUACAGCUGCAUAGGCAUUCGCAUUCGCAUUCGCACUCGCACUCACAUAUUUGAGAUACAUAAAUCUUGCGGAUGAGCGUGUGGCACUGCUGCCGGACAGCCAGCUAGCCAGCUAGCCAGCCAAGUGGGCAGCUACUGGGCUAGAGCUUGGCUGACUGGCGAUUGGGGGUCAGCAGCAGCUGUGCUUCAGUCGGCGUGGGUGCAAAUAUUGGAAAUAUUUGGCCAUUGAAACGAGCAGGCAAGCAAAAGAAUAGAACAACGGCCCGCAGACUAAAUUGAAACUCUGAAUUUUUGUGUACCGGCACUCAAAAGUUAUUAAGCUGGCAAUAGAAUUGGAAAGGAAUAUAUAUAGCCACCAUAGUCAGCUCAUAGAGAAGACUUAAUGUGAAAACGAUUUUAAAGAAGUUUUCCAAUUAAUAUUUAAUAUACUUA